UGAAAUGGGCAUGGUUGAAACCUCAUCUUGGAGAGUUGAUGUUCUUCUUGUGUUAUUUGUGGGUGUUUUAUUUUUAUCGAGUACCGAAGGGAACGGUCAGCCAUUAGUUCCGGGACUCUUCAUAUUUGGAGACUCAGUUGUUGAUGCCGGUAACAAUAACCACCUUGAAACCCUUGUCAAAUCUAACUUCCCUCCUUAUGGUAGGGACUUCACCGACAGCCAUCCUACCGGCCGGUUUUGUAACGGGAAACUCGCCUCCGACUUCACCGGUGAGAAUCUAGGAUUUACAUCGUACCCUCCACCCAUACUAAGCAAAGAAGCCAAUGGGAAGAACCUUUUGUUGGGAGCUAACUUUGCCUCCGGUGGCUCCGGAUAUUAUGAGACCACUGCCACCCUAUAUAAUACGAUCCCAUUGAGCAAGCAACUCGGGUACUACAAGGAAUACCAAAAGAAACUGAUCAGCAUAGCAGGACAGUCCAAUGCUACAUCAAUAAUCACAGGUUCAAUAUAUCUGCUUAGUUCUGGAAGCAGUGAUUUUAUCCAGAAUUAUUAUAUUAAUCCACUCCUAUACAAAGUUUACACGCCUUAUCAGUUUUCAGACAUCCUUAUUCAAGCUUACUCCCACUUCAUCCAGGAAUUAUAUGGGGCGGGAGCAAGAAAGAUCGGUGUGUCGACUUUACCACCAAUUGGUUGCUUACCAGCAUCCAUUACAAUCUUUAGUGAAGAUAGUAACGAGUGUGUUACGAAGAUGAACACAGUAGCUGUAUACUUCAAUAAGAAGCUGAAUGAAACAUCUGCAUCUCUAAAAUCCAAACUCUCAGGACUUAAUCUUGUGGUGUUGGAUAUCUACAAUCCUCUUUAUGACCUUAUUCAGAAACCUACUGAUUAUGGGUUCUUUGAAGCAAGGAAGGCUUGUUGCGGUACAGGGUUGGUGGAGACAUCGUUUCUAUGCAACAAGGAGUCACCGGGGACAUGUGCAAAUGCAUCGGAAUAUGUUUUUUGGGAUGGGUUUCAUCCGUCAGAAGCGGCAAACAAGAUAGUAGCAGACGACUUGCUCCUUGAUGGCAUCUCUCUUGUAUCGUGAUCAAUUCACCAAAACCAACUACAUACUCAAUUACCCAUAUACGCUUUAAACCCAUCUUGUUUCUUGUUCGACUUUUCUUUCUUGUAAUUUUAAUAUUCUUUUUUAUCUUCUAUUUGAUUAUGUUU